AUGGCAUCAGAAGAUUGGAGAAAAAUAGAUAUAGACGCAUUAGAACCAGAAAAUCAUUUAACAAAAGAAGAAUUAAUUCCACCAAACUUACCCCAAUAUACAACAAAUCAAAUUCAAGAAAUUGGACAAAGUAUAAGAUCACAAUUAUCACAAGGUAAAUUUCAACAGGCUUUAGUAACGGGACUUGAUAAUAUUCCAUUUGCUUCAUCACCACAAGAAAAAGAAAUUCAUCAGCGAACAAUUUUCGAGGUAUUAUGUUCAAUUAAAAACAAUAGUAAUUCACCAAAUGAUAUUAAUAAUAUUAUAAAGGGAUUAAAUCAAGAACAACAAGAUAAUUUGAUAAAGUAUUUAUAUACUAAUAUGUCUACACCUUAUGGACAGAAACAAGGUGGAUUAUUAUUAAAUUGGUUUGAAAAAAUUGUUGAAAUUGUUGGAAUUGGAUCUAUUUCUAGGUAUUUAACCGAUAGAAGAACUGUAUAA